AAUUUUCAAAACUAAACGUCGUUCAUAGAGGCGAUUCAGUUCCGACUCCCGCCAUAUAAAACCCUAAGCAAAUCCACCCAUAGUCUCAAAUCCCACUCUCUCACACCCUCGUUUCAAGCUUCAGAUCUCCACAGCGAAAAAUGCUUUCAGCUCUCAAAUCCGAAGAAACGAGCCAGAUGCAGAUCGUCGAGCGAGAAGAGAUCGACGACGAUGACGAUCUGUUCGAAGCGAUCGACAAACUGAUCGCUCAAGGUAUAAACGCUGGAGAUGUUAAGAAACUGCAAGAUGCUGGGAUCCAUACCUGUAAUGGUCUGAUGAUGCAUACCAAGAAGAACCUCACUGGAAUCAAAGGUUUAUCAGAGGCCAAAGUUGACAAAAUCUGUGAAGCUGCUGAGAAGAUAGUGAACUUUGGAUAUAUGACUGGAAGCGAUGCUCUUCUCAAGAGAAAAUCAGUUGUUCAUAUCACUACAGGUUGCCAAGCUCUUGAUGAUCUCUUAGGAGGUGGAAUUGAGACCUCAGCUAUCACAGAGGCUUUUGGAGAAUUCAGGUCUGGAAAAACUCAGUUAGCGCAUACCCUUUGUGUCACUACGCAGCUGCCCACAAACAUGAAAGGAGGGAAUGGAAAAGUUGCUUACAUUGACACUGAAGGAACCUUCCGCCCUGACCGGAUCGUCCCAAUUGCUGAAAGAUUUGGAAUGGACCCAGGAGCUGUGCUUGACAAUAUCAUUUAUGCUCGUGCUUACACCUAUGAGCAUCAAUUCAACUUGCUUCUUGGCCUUGCUGCAAAAAUGUCUGAGGAACCAUUUAAGAUUCUGAUUAUCGACUCGAUCAUAGCUUUGUUCCGAGUUGAUUUCACUGGAAGAGGGGAACUAGCUGACCGCCAGCAAAAACUAGCACAGAUGCUCUCCAGGAUAAUCAAAAUCGCAGAGGAGUUCAAUGUUGCCGUCUACAUGACCAACCAAGUCAUAUCCGAUCCAGGCGGUGGAAUGUUCGUAUCAGAUCCAAAGAAGCCAGCAGGUGGGCAUGUUCUUGCUCAUGCGGUAACCAUCAGGCUCAGUUUCAGGAAAGGCAAAGGAGAGCAACGUGUAUGCAAAGUCUUUGACGCACCAAAUCUGCCUGAAGCCGAAGCUGUCUUCCAGAUUACUGCAGGAGGCGUUACAGAUGCCAAAGACUAGAGCCAGCCUCGAGGAGCUCUUUAUGUCUUGUUACUUUUUAUGCCUGCUUUCUUUCUAUUGUGAGUAGCCUUAUUUUACCCACAGGAUUUUACUUGGGAAGUUAUUUUCUUACCACGACUGAUAUUACAUCAUAUGCAUUCGCACUGAAGCAUACGUUUAUGAGUAUUUUUAUUAUUAUUA